CUCUGCAGUCAGCCGUGGUUGGAGUUGGGUUGCUUAAUACUUAAGCAUAUAGUGGACCAGGAGAGGAGGACCUUCAGGACAAGGUUGAAGAAGCAAGUGCAGUGAUGAGCUUUCAGGCUAAUGGAAUGUUGAAAGGACUGAACUAUGUAUGAAGUAGUGUGACGGUGAAAUGGGAAAACAUGCUCCAUGUGUUGAUGAUUUGCAUACCAGAUGCGUUUGCUAACGAAUACUGCCAGUGAAAUCAAGUCCCAAAGCCAUUAUAACCAUGGAUACAGUGAUUCUUUUGGACGGAAAAGCCACAUUGAUGAUUACAGCACAUGGGACAUUGUCAAAGCUACACAGUAUGGAAUAUAUGAACGAUGUAGAGAGUUGGUGGAAGCAGGUUAUGAUGUACGGCAGCCAGACAAAGAAAACGUUACACUUCUCCACUGGGCUGCAAUCAACAACAGAAUAGAUCUGGUGAAAUUCUACAUAUCAAAGGGUGCUAUUGUUGAUCAGCUGGGAGGAGAUUUAAAUUCCACCCCACUUCACUGGGCAACGAGACAGGGUCACUUAUCCAUGGUUGUACAACUGAUGAAGUAUGGUGCAGAUCCGUCACUAAUUGAUGGGGAAGGAUGCAGUUGUAUUCACUUGGCUGCCCAGUUCGGGCAUACGUCUAUUGUUGCUUACCUGAUAGCAAAGGGACAGGAUGUAGAUAUGAUGGAUCAAAAUGGAAUGACACCUUUAAUGUGGGCAGCUUACAGAACACACAGUGUGGAUCCAACUCGAUUGCUGCUUACUUUUAAUGUUUCCAUUAAUCUUGGGGACAAAUAUCACAAAAAUACAGCACUACAUUGGGCUGUGCUAGCAGGAAAUACUACAGUCAUUAGUCUUCUACUAGAAGCUGGAGCUAAUGUUGAUGCCCAAAAUAUCAAGGGAGAAUCACCACUUGAUUUGGCAAAACAGAGAAAAAAUGUUUGGAUGAUCAACCACUUACAGGAGGCAAGACAGGCAAAGGGAUAUGACAAUCCAUCAUUUCUCAGAAAGCUAAAGGCUGAUAAGGAAUUUCGUCAGAAGGUGAUGCUAGGAACUCCAUUCCUAGUUAUUUGGCUGGUUGGGUUUAUAGCAGACUUAGAUGUUGAUUCCUGGCUCAUUAAAGGGCUAAUGUAUGGUGGUGUAUGGGCUAUGGUACAGUUUCUUUCAAAAUCAUUCUUUGAUCACUCAAUGCAUAGUGCACUGCCUCUUGGAAUAUACCUGGCAACUAAAUUCUGGAUGUAUGUGACAUGGUUUUUCUGGUUUUGGAAUGAUCUCAGUUUUCUCUUUAUACAUCUUCCAUUCCUUGCCAAUAGUGUUGCACUUUUCUACAAUUUUGGAAAAUCCUGGAAAUCAGACCCAGGAAUCAUUAAAGCCACAGAAGAACAAAAGAAAAAGACAAUAGUUGAACUUGCAGAGACAGGAAGUCUGGACCUCAGUAUAUUCUGCAGUACCUGUUUGAUACGGAAGCCAGUGAGGUCCAAACAUUGUGGCGUGUGCAAUCGAUGUAUAGCAAAGUUUGACCACCACUGCCCAUGGGUGGGUAACUGUGUAGGGGCAGGGAACCAUCGCUAUUUCAUGGGAUAUCUGUUCUUUUUGCUUUUUAUGAUCUGUUGGAUGAUUUAUGGCUGUAUCUCUUACUGGGGAAUCCAUUGUGAGACUACUUACACAAAGGAUGGAUUGUGGACAUACAUUACACAAAUUGCCACCUGUUCACCUUGGAUGUUUUGGAUGUUUCUAAAUAGUGUGUUUCAUUUCAUGUGGGUGGCUGUGUUACUCAUGUGUCAGAUGUAUCAGAUAUCUUGUUUAGGUAUCACUACAAAUGAGAGGAUGAAUGCAAGACGAUACAAGCACUUUAAAGUCACAACAACAUCUAUUGAAAGCCCAUUCAACCAUGGAUGUAUAAGGAAUAUUAUAGACUUCUUUGAAUUCAGAUGCUGUGGUCUUUUUCGUCCUGUUAUUGUGGACUGGACAAGGCAGUAUACAAUAGAAUAUGACCAAACUUCAGGAGCAGGCUACCAGCUAGUGUAGCACCAUCUUCAUCCUGUGAGCAUAUCAGAUCUGAGUGGUGCCUGAAAAUUUCUCUCUCUCGAAUCCACAUCCUUUGAACCGUAGCAUGCUAUGUGUAAGGCUAACGAUGAAUCUUACGGUACCUUCUCUUUAUCAGAGUUUUAUUAACGAAGGUAAAAAUGGACAGAAUAAACUGCCAAUCCUGAUAAGGAAGAGGAGGAAGAUCAAAAAGGGAUUUUAACCAUUAUUAACAUGAGAAUUAUUCACAACAACAUAUUCACUGCAUUUGUUGUUGGAUUUUUUAUUUAACACCUUUUACAAAGGAGCAUGAGAUUAUUAAAGUAUUGACAUACCUAGUUGUGUUGUGCUGAACAGAAAUAUUCAUUUCUCAAUUUGAGUAAUUCCAUUGGAGUAAGAAUCUGGAGUCUAAAACUAAAUUUCACAGUGCAGUCAGACUUCAUUAAGACUGCUACAUUUAGUUCAGGUAAUGUGAUUUUAUAUUGAUUUUUCUAUAGUAUUAUGUACAUGGGAAAAUGUGCAUUUCAAUACUGUGAUUAAAAUCAUGUGGUUUUAUUGGGGAUCGACUGUAAUGUGUUAAGCUGCUGAAGCAGGGCACAUGAGGAUAAUGUUCACAAAUAAGUGUGUUACCUAUAUUGUAUGGCUAUCAGCAGUUAUGGCCACCUGUUUCCGGUACAGUGAAAUACUCGUAAUAACCUUGUUUCGAGGUUGUACAGUCUGAAAAUAAACAGUUGCACGAGUAAGUAAAGCUCUUCUGUCGAAGUUAAAGCCCUGCUUAAGUGCAUGAUAUAUCUUUUAAAAAUAGACCACAAUAUAUACUAUAUGAUAUUCAGCAAAAAAUAAAACAGAAUUUAAUUUGAUAUCUUUGAACAAAUGAUAUAAACAAUUUAAUACUAGGAGUGAUCCAGUGUAAUAUAUUGCAUAGUGACUGGAAAGGUUUGAAGAGAAGUUGCAUAGGGGGACCAAAGAUAUGAAUGCAAAAUCUCAGUAAUAGAAAAGAAAGGUUUAUAACAGUUUUAAAUUCCAUGUGAUUGCAAAACAAAUCGUGAAAACUGACUAAAACACUCAUGUUGUUUGCAUAUAAAAUGAUUGAAUCCAAGCUUAAGUAAAGUGUGAUCUCUGUUAAUAGCACAUAUGAAUGGAAAAUCUAAUAGGACAUUCUGAAGAAGAUGGUAUGUCAGCAAGUGGAAAUCACCCUUGAGAUUUUUUUCUGUUAAGUUCUCUCACUGCAAAUAUGUUUGAAAGGUAAGGAAUGAUCUGAAAUCUCAUUCCAAAUGGGCUUUUUGUUGUUGAAUGUGAUGCACUGAUUUUCUGUUAUGGCGUUUUCCUAUACUCAUGGUGAAUUAUUCACUGUUUCCUUAACUAUUUGUUUACAGAGAGACUUGGAUUAGUUCUCUUUUAAGUGCUGUAGCAACCUAGUGGUUCGAGAAAUCUGUGAAGGGAGUUUUCAGAGGGGACCUGGAAGCAGUUGAUAGAGACCACUGUAAAGAAUGUGUAUCUGUAUAUAAAUAAUUUAUCAAAUAGUUUUCUCUUUGUGAGUGUGUGUUAGUAUAUUUAAGGUUGCUCAUUUCAUUUUAUCAACCAAAAAGUGUAGGAAGAUAUCUAACGAGCUUUUAGUGAUGUUCAAUACUGCUGUUAAUAGACAUUAUACCCUGCAAAUUCACUGCAUGUUUGAUGCUUGGCAAAAUUAGCAUUCCCUGUAAUAUGCAGAUUACAAGUAUAAAAGCAAUCUAGUGGUAUUCCCACCCCUUGCCUUAGUAAGAGGAGCAGUGAAACUGUAAAUAGGUGAUGUUCAGUAUUUGCAAGUAGACAUUUUUUUCUUUAGCUGUUUCUUUGAUCACAAGACACUCGCAUAGUUUGCAAGUACCAGAUAUCAAGAUUUACAGAAAUGUAACGUUAGUGUACUUGAAUGUUUAAGACUGGGGGGAAAAAAUCAACAUUAUCUUUGAUACAAUGUUUGGGGGGAGUUGGUUACAGGGGUGGCAAGAGUUUUGUGCCAUUUUGUCAGAAUUUAGAAUUAUAACAAUAAUUCUGUUAACAUGAACAAGAACAAAUGACACCCUUAUUCAUAUUUUUAAUUUCUAAAUGGAAAGCAUGAAUAAGCCUUCAAAAUGUCUUUACUUAUUUUACAAUUAAAGGCAAUGUUCUGCACCUCCAGGAAAAACUUUUUUUCCCAUUUCUAUUUGGGGUUGGCUGACAUAAAGAACUUCAAUCAGUUGAAAGUUUUUAGUAAAUACAUUUCAUAGCAUCAGUAAUCUAAUGCAGGGGUCCCCAACACGGUGCCCGUGGGCACCAUGGCGCCCACCGGGGCAUCUAAGUGCGCCCGCGUACUGGCCGGCGGACGAGCCUCCGCUGAAAUGCUGCCGACAAGCUACAUCAU